AGUUUUGUUUUCCCUAAAAAGUGUAUAUAGAUUUUUAUUAUAUAAUUUGUGUUUAAAAAGGAUUAUUUCCUUUUUGCUAUUUCCUUACAACGUGUGUAGAUAGUAUUAUCAUUUUUAUAUAUAGUCGUCAGGCAUGUCAAGACCAAACUAAUGAGUUAAACUUGCUUGAACGCAUUGUAAGGAAAAAAAACAAUCUCACCAACAACAAAAAAAAAUUGAUCCCUCUGGUAAUCAAUGAAAAGCAGAUCUGCGGCGGUUUGUCAAUUGAGAGCAACGCCAUCGCACUGUAAAACGAAGAAGAAGAAUAAGAAGACGAAGAUGUGUGGGUUAUGGUCGUUGCCUGAAGAAGUGGCUAUGAACUGCCUGGCUCAGGUAUCGAGAGUAGACCUCGCGGCUUUGGCUAUGGCCUCCAAGGCACACCGAUCUCUCAUAGUUUCCCCUGAUUUCCAGCUAUUGAGAUUCCAGAUGGGUUGUCUCGAGCCAAAUCUCUACGUAUGGUUGCACGUCUUACCAGAACCUACCCCGCGCUGGUUUAUCCUCAACCCCGUGCACCGUCGUCUGAGACCGAUCCAUCUAAAAUCCUGCAAGGCUCCUCCGGAAUCAUCGUCCUCUUUCGUGUUGAUGAGUUUUGGGGUGUUUAAUAUUGGUGGGCUAGUAAACGGCAAACCCACCUCGGAUGUCUCCUUCUUGGAUUGUUCCAAUCACACUUGGCACUCUGUUACGCUGAUGAAGAUGGCUCGUGCUUCAGCAUCGGCACACAGUAUAAACCGGAAGAUAUACGUGCUUGGAGGGUGCGGGGAUGACGCUGAUUCCUCAAACUGGGCAGAAGUGUUCGAUGUAGAGACCGAAACCUGGGAGUUCUUGUCUGUUACUAGUCCGAAGAUGCCCCUCAGUAUCCGACAAAGCGUGUUGAUGAUACAAAAGAAUGAGGUUUACGCGGUGGAUGAGGAUGGUCAAAGCUUCUCCUUCUCACCAAGUAAUGAAACUAUAUCGAACGGAAUAGCGGAUUCUAAGCCAGGAUACAGAAGCGAUUGGUGUUUGAUUGGGGGAUUGUUGUUCUGUCGUGGCACCCGCGGGAAAAUACUGUGGUGUUCUCCGUAUGAGUUGGAUUGGAAGGAAGUGAAGGGUUUGGAUGAGCUGUCCGAAUAUGAUAUCAGCAAACUCUGCAGAAAGUCUGAUAAGAACAAGAACAUUGUCGUCUUCUGGAACUCUAGCUCUCUAGGCUCUGAGCCUUUGGAGAUUUGGUCUGCCGAGAUUUCCCUGGAGUUACGCCACCCACACGAGCUUUGGGGGAAGAUUGAGUGGUCUGGUUCUGUCUUCACACUUGAUCCUCUCUCGCACUCAUACGGUGGCAUUAAGCUCUUGUAUGCUGUGUCUAUCCGUGCCUGAAAUUCCUCAGUUAAAAACUAUCUAUUCAUUUUUGUUUGUUUAGUUGCAGUCUAAUGUUUUUGUAUAAUUUGCAAUCCACUCAGAAAGCUUUACUCUUGUGCUUGUUAUUUUGUCAAAUUUUCGUAAUCUCAUCUCUCUCAGGCUGUACUUAGAUUCCUUCUCACUGACAGGUAUAAUUUUGCUUUCAGUUUCUGUUUCUGGAUAUUUAGAUGAUGAAACGCUAACAAACUUUACUAGCUACAACAAAUUUUGGCCUAAUUAGGUCCAUUGCUUUGGAUGAACCUUGGCUUGUUUCUCUCUCUUUAAAAGAAAAAUACUAGAAAAAAAUGAAAUGUGCAAAUAUGUAACUACGUAAUCAACACGAACAAAACAAAAACAGAGUUAUCAUGAAUAGUGAAAAGAUGUUUAUUUGAGAGAGAUUACAGUGAAAACCAAACUCAUACGAUUCUGUAAUACCCCGAUCAAUUCAGAGAAAAUAAUUAUAUAUUGACUGUGGUUGGACUGUUGGCGAUGGUCAAUCUUUUAAAACGUGGUCCGAACCGUGACUGAGUGCUACCUCUCAAGAACAACCCUAUGGGACCAGCAUCCAAAUCCGGCAGUUCUUUAAUGGUUACUGAUCUAUUGCAGCCAAGCGGAGGAGAUUGGAACAGAGCCGUAGUGCACCAACUGUUUCCACUUGAAGAGUCAAAGAUCUUAAGCAUAAAAAGUAUCAAGCAAAAACAGAAAGACCAUGGAGAGUUCGUUAGUGUCCACAGGAUGCAUUGUCUUCCACCAAACACCACAUAUCCUUAGAAAUAUGAAAUCCGAGAAUGUAUGUAGAAGUGCUUUUUUGUUUAACCGAGGAACAUGUUUUGGAACACAUAGAAUGCCUUGGAACACGGUUUAGGCCGGUCCAUGUGAAUUUUUUGUUUAACCGAGGAACAUGUUUAUAACAAUGACCGAAUUGAUCAGAAAAGGAGGUAAAAGGGUUAGAGAACCGUGUUUGCGCAGUUACUGGACACCAAUCAUGUGGUGCGUUGACAUUAUGGAUUUACCCUAACUGGAUGAGAAACCUUGUGGCUCAAGACAUAGAUGGAUAAGGGUAGACCACACUUUAUAUACGGCUGCCUUGAGUUGGAAAUAAUGCUGCUUUUCACCAAUUCUCUGGCUGAUUUACAUUGAAUUUAUCUGAAAUGCUUACAUGUUUUUUGACGAGGAAAAUGACGUACACUAACUAAAGAAGAAUUAGAAUGGGUUAAAGGUCGUAAAAGAGGAAAACUAAAGCCUUGUCUUCAUGCUACAACAAUCAAAACCCAAAUCCUGAGUGAGAGUGAGAAACCAACCUUUUUGUUUCAACAACUCUGUAAACUCAGUCACUGAACAGAAUCUUUUAACCUAUAUAGUUUGGGUUUCUUUUUAUACCAAAAUAUUGAGAACUCAUGCUAGGCUUUUCAUCAGGUUACGUGAAUCAUCCUCCAUUGUCUACUUUGGGACUGUCUAAGGUUGAAGGUUGAAGCUACAAGAGCUGAUGUUCUUCUCUCAGUAUCGUUGCUGCUUUCUUGGACUGACUCAUUCUUGGAUGCAGAAACUCGCUCUCUGAAAAUGCAAUGCAAGAACAUCAACAAUGCUGGUUGUUUUGUAAUAUAUCAAAAAAAAGUAGUUGAUGCAGAGAUUUUUACUUUGGUAAAGAAGCAUGCUGUCUCUGAUAAAGCAUUCAUGCCAGGAGAGAGUUGGGUUUGGUUUGGCAAGAAGAUAAAGGUUGUCAAUUGCUGGCCAGUCCUCAUUUGCUUUGUGAUUUUCACACAGUCAAGCAAAAGUAAGCUGACACCAAACCAGGGUGAAUGCGCCUCAAGUACAAGGAUGCUGUUGAAAACAGCCGGAAAGCUAAGAUCACUAGUUCCCAAAAGGACAAAGACUACCCCGGAUCAAAGCAAAUGAGACGAAGAACAGUUAAAUGUUCAUGACAUUUUCACUGUCAAGCUACAACAACGGAAUCAAGAUGGAAUUGGACUCAAAAUUCGAAUAUGACAAAAGAGAGGAAGAGUAUAUCGACUUUGUAUUCAUACCAAGACAUAACUAGUUGAAGCAUAUAUCAAUCACAAACUUGUACAAGCACAAAAAUGUCUAGCUUCAUGCUAGGUUAGAUAUAAAAGCAUAAUCAUGUUUUGCUUCUAAGCAAUAGUAUGUUGGACUAGGCAGAGACAGGAGUGGGGUUAUGGAGACUGAAGCCUAUACAAGGCUCUAAGUUUAAAAACCUAAGGCUAUUUGAAUUGCACAAUAAAGUGAUCUUUAAAAAGAGUGAUAAGGUCAUAGUUACCGUCCAAGUCAGAGAGCAACUAGCUUGACUUGCGAAUUUCUUCAUUUAGAGAUAAAUAUACACAUCAAUAUUUCUGUAGAGACAAAAAAAAAAAUCAGAACUGGGGUGUGAAAUUUCCGUGAAAAAUCAAUUAAGCAACUCAACAGACUAAAAAAAAAAAA